GUUGAAUGUCAAUGGGUCAUUGUCAGUCAGGUUUAGGGAACUAAAAUGGUUGCAAAUACGGGAAAUUUAUAUGCUUUUUAAUUAAUUUCCAUAACUCAAAAACACACGAUGGCCAACAUGGAUAUCCGGCCUGGCCGAAACACGAAUGUGCGUGUGAAUAUGAUGGAAGGUGUAGGAGCGAGAGUUGUCCGUGGGCCCGACUGGAAAUGGGGCAAACAGGACGGCGGCGAGGGGCAUGUUGGUACCGUGAGAAGCUUCGAAUCACCGGAGGAGGUUGUUGUUGUAUGGGACAAUGGAACAGCAGCUAACUAUCGCUGUGCUGGGGCUUAUGAUCUCAGGAUUAUCGACAGUGCUCCAACAGGUGUUAAGCAUGAUGGUACGAUGUGUGAUACAUGUCGUAUGCAACCAAUCUAUGGCAUUCGCUGGAAAUGUGCCGAGUGUCAGAACUAUGACCUCUGCACAGCCUGUUACCAUGGCGACAAGCAUCAUCUCAGACAUCGAUUUUACCGCAUUAAUACUUCAUCAAGUGAUAGGUUUGCCCUGGAGCCUAGGCGUAAAAGUAAAAAGAUUAUGGCUAGGGGAAUCUUUCCGGGUGCCAGGGUGGUCCGAGGGGUAGAUUGGGAGUGGGAAGACCAGGAUGGUGGUAGCAGUCGCCGAGGGAAGGUCACUGAGAUACAAGAUUGGAGUUCAACAAGUCCACGCAGUGCUGCGUAUGUCCUUUGGGACAACGGAGCUAAGAAUCUGUAUCGUGUUGGAUAUGAAGGAAUGUCUGAUUUGAAGGUAGUUAGUGAUGCAAAGGGAGGAACAUUCUACCGAGAUCAUCUGCCCUGCCUUGGUGAGCAAGGACCAGGAAGUCGAGGUGUCCAUGGUUUAUAUGCCCUUGGGGAUCAGGUGAACGUAGAUCUAGACCUAGAGAUUGUACAGAGUCUUCAACAUGGACAUGGAGGAUGGACUGAUGGCAUGUUUGAGACCCUUGGAGCAACCGGCACUGUGGUGGGGAUAGAUGAAGACCAUGACGUAGUGGUGUCUUACCCUAGUGGUAAUAGGUGGACAUUUAACCCUGCCGUGUUGACCAAAGUGAAUACAGCCAGCUCAGUAUCAGGGUCAGCUAGUGGAGACACACCUACCCCUUCCCAGUUCCAAGUGGGAGAUCUAGUCCAGAUUUGUAGUGAUCUGGAACGUAUCAAGGCACUCCAACGUGGUCAUGGAGAAUGGGCUGAAGCUAUGUUGCCGACAUUGGGUAAGAUCGGCCGUGUGCAGCAGAUUUACCAUGACAACGAUCUGAAGGUAGAGGUGUGUGGUACGUCCUGGACAUACAAUCCCACUGCUGUCACUAAAGUAGCAUCAGACAGUGGUGGACUAGGCAACUCAUCAGAGAGGUUAUCAGCUCUUCUGAAGAAACUAUUUGAGACCCAUAUUACAGGAGACAUCAAUGAGGAGUUAGUUAAAGCAGCAGCAAAUGGAGAUGGAGUCAAAUCUGAAGAGAUCCUGGCAAGACCAGACGCUAAUGUCAAUGUACAGUUCGCUGGUCACACUGCAUUACAAGCAGCUAGUCAGAAUGGCCACACUGAUGUCAUUAAAGUACUGAUUAGGCACAGUGUAGAUGUGGAGAUGGAGGACAAGGAUGGAGACCGUGCAAUCCAUCAUGCAGCAUUCGGUGAUGAGCCUGCCGUCAUUGAGCUACUUCAUCGUGAUAACGCUGACCUGAACGCUCGCAACAAACGGAGGCAGACCGCCAUUCACAUCGGGGUCAACAAAGGUCACUAUGGCGUAGUCAAGACAUUACUGGAAUUGGGUUGCCAUCCAAGCUUACAGGAUUCAGAAGGGGACACAGCACUUCACGAUGCGAUCAGCAAAAAGAGAGAUGACAUCCUAUCACUGCUACUGGACAACAAUGCCGACAUCUGCGUUACAAACAACAAUGGCUUCAACGCUCUGCACCAUGCAGCGCUGCGUGGCAACCCCAGCCUCGUCCUAUCUGUGUUAUAUUACACAGCUGCUGAGCUCAACCAAUGUCGUCACUUCUACAGCGUCGUCACUUAG